UACAAGCUGCUCAAAAUGGAGUUGUCGGAGACUGUGAUAAAAGGGCUUCAACCCCUGGCCAAUCCAGAGCUAUUCGACCUGAAAUCAUAUACGAUAUUUACCGAGGUCUCAUUCGACAGUCUCGUUUCCUCUGGAGGCGAGACUGUUCUAGGUCACCCACAAUUGAAGCACAUCGACCAGACUGUCCUGAAACACUGUCAUACCGCAGCCACGACCUUCAUUCUGGAAGGAGUUAAACAAAAUGCAGAUAAAUCAAUAAUUAGCUCGUGUCUUGAGGACAUCAGGUUCCCUAGUGAAAGAGUGGACACAUUUUAUAUCUCAUACCAGAAAAACAAAAUAAAUCUGCAAUCUUUGUUAGGGAUGACGCUUCUUCGGAAAUUAACUUUAGUUGCACCAUGGAGCAACUUCAGGCUUUUCUAUUCCAUGACGAUGCAUCGUACAACAAGGAUCAAGAUUACAGAGCUCAAUCCUCACUUGAUGUGUGUCUUAUGUGGUGGAUAUUUCAUAGAUGCAACCACAAUCAUAGAAUGCUUGCACUCAUUUUGUAAAAUGUGUAUUGUCCGCUACCUGGAAACCAGUAAAUACUGUCCUAUAUGUGAUGUGCAGGUCCACAAAACAAAGCCACUUCUCAAUAUUCGGUCUGACAAAACUCUACAAGACAUUGUAUACAAGUUGGUUCCUGGCCUUUUCAAAAAUGAGAUGAAGCGUAGGAGAGAUUUUUAUGCUGAACACCCAUCAGUUGAUGUUGCAAAUGGAUCCAAUGAAGACCGAGGGGAAGUCGCUGAUGAAGAUAAGAGAAUCAUCACAGAUGAUGAGAUUAUCAGUCUGUCAAUUGAGUUUUUUGAUCACAGGGCCCAACUGCAAGGCAGCACAGAUGAGAGGCAAAAAGAAGAGGUUAAUAAUAAAAGAUACUUGCAGUGCCCUGCUGCCAUGACUGUGAUGCAUUUGAGGAAAUUUUUAAGAAGCAAAAUGGAUAUACCUCCUACAUUCCAGAUUGAAGUUAUGUAUGAGGAUGAGCCUUUGAAGGAUUAUUACACAUUAAUGGAUAUUGCCUACAUCUACACAUGGAGAAGAAAUGGACCACUGCCUCUAAAAUAUCGCGUGCGGCCCAGCUGUAAAAAGAUGAAGAUUACUCCCCCGCAAGAGGGCUUGAACACAAACCGCUUUGAAAGUGACUCAGCCAGCGAUAAGGCCGGCAGUCCCGCUGGAGUUCCAUCCACCUCCUCACCACUACCGAGUCCUAGCACACCAGUUCAGCCUUCACAACCUCAUUUCAACCACAUUUCCAAUCCUAUUAAUGGCACCACAAUGACAAGUCCAAAUCGACAGUUCAGCUUUGGCAACAAAGUGCGAAAGACAACGCUGAAUGGAUCUUCCACGUCAUCUUGAUGAAAAGGGACUACAUGUUAAAGCCAAUGCCAGAUAUAUUCCAGCUAUUUCCAUGCCAACGUAGUGUCAUUUAGAGACCCUUCUUUUUGUUAUUAUUAUCAUCACUAUAUUAAACAUGUAACUUUAACGUAGUGGAAGUGACUCAUUUAAUUUGAUGUAUUGCUGGAAUUUCUACUUUGUGUGAGAACAACAUGAUUGAUUGCAAAGUGGAGUACAGAGCAUUUUUAGAAGGUUGAGGCAUUUGCCAAACAGCCAUGAUACGGUUUGCAGAAAUGACUGAAUUAUAACUUUUUAUAUAUAUUUUUACUUUUGAAAACUCAUUCAGACAUUAUGUGUUGCUUGUAUUUUACGUGUGUAUUAUAAUGUUCUUUUAAAAGCAUGAUUACAAAAUUUUACUCUGAUUUUAGUUUGGCUGGGUAGUUACUAAACAUUCCUGUUAUAUUCAGCUGGCUUUUAAGAAUGUCUCAAUGAAAAAAAAUAUAUAAAUAUAUAUAUAUAUAUAUAUAUAGUUCACCAAUUAAAGGACAAAAAUUAUAUUAGGCCUGUGUGAACAAGAAAAAACUAAUGUUAAGAUCUAGCCAGUGUAGGGUAAUCAUUUUUAUUAUUUGAAGUUUUUGGAAAAUGAAUUUUUAUUUUGUCAAGUUAAUUUACUCUUUGCUCCACUGUCGGCUCGGGUGGGUCCACCCGAUUACUAUACGAAACAGUUGGUUUCCAGGUCAUGCUUCAGGCCUGCGCAGCAUGCAAAUAACCUUAAGACUGCUUUUUAGGCUAUCACAUACACGAAUUUGUCCAAAGACGUCCAACAGCUAUUGUUAAUACAAUUUCUCAUUCGGGACAACAGUUUGAUGUCUUCAGUGUUUAUUUGUCAUUUUGGUCGAUUGUAUACUAUUGACAGCUAUUAUAUUGUGACUGUUGCACAGUAUAAAACAUCUAAAUAAAACA